AUGUGCGACCACCAGACCACAUAUGUGGACUGCAGCCCUGCGGCAGUAAACUUAGGAUUCGUACGGCCACCUCCCGAAGAGAGGACACUCGCCAUGUCUAAGACUGGUAGACUAGCAAGGGCAUACCUAGCCAAGGAAGACGGUGCAUUUGAUGAGCACGUAUUCCCAGCACCCCUGGUCCUACCUGGUGACCACCUCGCCGAGAAUCCAAUGGAGCAGGGUCAGUCCAGCAAGGACUGGUUCGCCUUGGAGACUACCCAAAAGCGCUGCCAGGAAAUAUCAAGCAAGCAGAAAGUCUUCGUGUACGGCCCACCGAGCGUCAAGCUUCUGCCCGUCGAAAUGCGAAGUUGGGCCCAGCCUGUCCUCCCUCAAGGCUUCCCCCAAGGCCCUGAGAGAUGGACAUGGCUUUUGAAGAUGAAAAACCAACUGGUCGCUUACCUCCGCGCCUUCUUCACGACGAUGCAAGUCACCCAGUACUCCGGCACUGCGGACUUUUUACCCAUCCAAGGACGGAAGCGAGUGCACUUUGCGGACACUCCGCCACGAUCAGUGGUUGGUUUUAUACUCAGAGACGAUCGCUACACUUUUGAAAUUCGACACCGCCCAUCGCCAGACGGGUUGUCAAGGAUGCAGCUUAACGUUUCUGACUUGAGGACUGCUCUCGUACGAAUCAAAGUCCCCCCCGCUCACUCGGUGGUGCUCGUGGUGAACCAUGAUCUCUACGACGAGGAUGAGGAGGCGUACCUAACAGACCGAUUCUGGGCAGCCGACGGAAUUGCGAUCGUGUCGACAUUUCGCUACAACCCUUCGUUGGAUGGGCUAGCUGGCGUCGACCGAUUGCACAGGUGGCCAUCGAGCCACUGCAAGGCCUACGUUGAUGCAAGAUGCCAAGUACUAGACGAGAACAAAGACUCGGUGACUCGAAACCACCUCGCCUUCAAGGCUUUUGGGCAACCGCCCGGUGACUCUGCACUUAGUCUUGCGAUCCAAGCCGCCAACCAAGCUGGUCAGCCUUCUUCAAUGGAGGAUCUCUCAAACCUAUGGUUCGCACGGGUUCUCGUUGCUGUGUCUCGGGAAACUGCCCAUUGCUUCGGGCUGCAAAACUGUACUUACUACGCCUGCCUCAUGCAGGGUGUAAGGGGGCCUCGUCAGGCGGGCGAGAUACCCCCUUACCUCUGUUCCGUUUGCCAUUCGAAGCUCGCGUCCGAAUUGGUCCUUAUUCAGCCUAUGUCCAAACGCGGGAUUGAAAGGGAGAAGGCCUGGCUUGGUGAGCAUUACGCUGAACUGAAUGCGUUUUGCAAUAAGUGGAACAAGAUUCCGCAAUUCGCCGCCUUCGAGGCAUGGCUGGGAAAGAGACUUGAGGAUCGGAAGGGUGAUGGUGGUGUCGGUGAAUCAGCUGGGCCUUCAAACUAG